GUAACUGGGUUCAUAUAUUUCUGAAGCCAAACCAAUGGCCACAAACCCGUUAGUCAUAUCACCAAAAAUAACCAAACCGUCCAUAUAUCCUCGGAAUCAAGAUUAUGCCGGUAAUCAAUGACCAACAGAACCCCGAUCGUACAUCAAGUCAAAUGCUCACUCCUAUGACAAUCAACCGUUUAUCAUUGCCAACUCCUUUCAACUCCAGCGACGUGGCGGUGAUCGGCGCCGGAGCUGCCGGCCUUGUCGCUGCUCGUGAGCUCCAUCAGGAAGGCCACAAGGUUAUAGUCUUCGAACGAAAUGCCCAAAUCGGCGGCACCUGGGUCUACGAUUCCCGGGUCGAAACAGACCCUUUAGGCCUCGAUCCGACCCGAACCAUAAUCCACUCAAGCAUUUACAGCUCUCUCCGCACCAACCUCUCCAGAGAAGUGAUGGGUUUCAGAGUUUAUCCGUUUAUACCAAAAAACGACAAAACGAGAGACCCGAGAAGGUAUCCGGGUCAUAGAGAGGUGUUGCUCUAUUUGCAAGAUUUUGCGAGGGAGUUUGAGAUUGAAGAGAUGAUGAGGUUUGAGACUGAGGUGGUUCAUGUUGGGUUAGUGGAGAAUAGUUAUAAGUGGAAAGUGAGGUCUAAAAAGAAGAGAGAUGACAAAGAUAUUGACUUUGAUUUUAAUGAAGAUAUUUUUGAUGCCGUUGUGGUUUGUAAUGGUCAUUAUACUCAACCUCGUAUUGCUGAAAUAAUACCAGGCAUAAAUUCUUGGCCAGGGAAGCAAAUGCAUAGCCACAAUUACCGAGUUCCUGACCCAUUCCAAGAUCAAGUAGUAAUUUUGAUUGGAAGUUCAGCAAGUGCUGCUGAUAUAUCAAGGGAAAUUGCUGGGUUUGCCAAAGAGGUUCAUGUUACGUCAAGAUCAGUUGCAAAUGAAACAUAUGAAGCACAGCCUGGAUAUGAUAAUUUGUGGCUUCAUUCUAUGAUAGAAAGUGUUCAUGAAGAUGGUUCUGUGGUAUUCCGAAAUGGGAGAGUUGUCCUAGCUGACAUCAUUCUACAUUGCACCGGGUACAAGUAUCACUUCCCUUUUCUUGAAACCAAUGGCAUUGUGACGGUGGAUGAUAAUCGUGUGGGGCCAUUAUACCAGCAUGUCUUCCCACCAGCUCUGGCUCCAUGGCUUUCAUUUGUUGGGUUACCAUGGAAGGUUGCUCCUUUCCCAUUGUGUGAGUUUCAAAGCAAAUGGAUUGCUGGUGUUUUAUCAGGUAGGAUUGGAAUUCCAUCAAAAGAAGAGAUGAUGGAAGCUAUUGAAACCUUUUAUAUGUCUCUUGAAGCUUCAAAUGUUCCAAAAAGAUACACCCAUCGCAUGGGUGAAUCUCAAUUUGAGUAUAACAAUUGGCUAGCUGGACAAUGCGGGUGUGAAGCGUAUGAGGAAUGGAGAAAGCAAAUGUAUAAUGCAAGUAGCAUCGGCAAGCGUCAACUUCCAGAGACAUAUCGUGAUGAAUUGAUGAUAGAUGACUGCUUGAUCGAGGAAGCUAAUCAGGACUUCGCUAAAUACAUUCAAAAGGACCUGACCUCUAAAUAAAGCCGUUACCAUUUCUUUUUACAUUCAAAAUUCGACCUGUGUUGUUGUAAUUUUAAUCAAGAUGAAGAGUUGAAGAUACUUAUUUAUUUUCAGAGAUUUGAGUAAAAUUGUAAUGUUAUGAAGUACAAAGAUGAAGACUGGAAUAUGAUUAAAAAAAAGUAAACUCUUUCUGUAUUGUUCUGAGCCCUUUCUUUAAAAAAAGAAAAGGACAAAUUGCUGUUCCGCUUA